AAAAGACAAAAGAGCACGCUGCCUUCUGCUUUUGUCGUCUGUCGCCCGUGUCGUCACUUCCUUACUAACUAAUAUGGCUGUCAUGUUUACAAUAAUCAGUUAGUAGCGUUGCUGUAAAAUGUAGACAACUUUUUAAUUUGACCAUCCAUAACCCACAAGUCCUUCGAUCCACCUUUCAGUUCCAAAAUUAAUGCUUGCUCUUGACUUCACGAGGUACCAACAUUCCUGCUCGACACCCGACCACAUAUAUUUCUGAUGCAGUCAUCCACAGGACCUUUGAGGUGUGCUGAAUGCAAUGAUGACUUCUCCUCCGCUGCAUCCCUCCUUACUCACUUUGCUCAGCACAUUGUCAUUGCGGAAUCGGCGUCCCCUAUUGAAGCUUCAAGUAGUUCGACCACCACAAAAAAGAAGAAAAGCGAUAGCAUUCUUGAACAAAUACUCCAGCGCACAACAAAGCGUGCUGUGCCCAAGAAAGCAGUGCACCGAGCUGGAACAGGGCCUCCAAUGCUUCUUCCAAUCAAUCAGUCACAUCUAGUGAGUAAGUCCAACACUCCUCUGCUUGAAUUUUUGAAGAAAAAUGUUGAAUCAGCGAUAAAUCAAGAUCAACUUCACUUGGAUGCCAAAGACCAAUCAGACACACUUUUGAAUCAGAGUAGCUGCUGUAGUAGUGCCAGCAGCAGCAGCAGUGCAAAUGGGAACAUAGACACCCAACUACUAUCAUCAAAAAUUUUCAAUGGAGCAUCUAUAAACCUUGCCAAAUUUGAUAUGCAACAGCGAAUUGAAAACUGUGUCUUAAAUCUUGUGUCAAAGAAGGAUGUUAAAAGGUCUGCAGAUGCAUUGAUUCCUGAUAUGCCACCCACGAUUCCCAACAAAAAGGUUUAUUCCGAUACUUGUGAGAGCUGGGAUAGUUCAAGUGCUGCAGAAGAAAUAAAUCCAUUGACACUUUGCACAGUAACAAUUGAUGACUGUGAAAAUGGCACAGAUAGUGAUGAGAUCAGAUUUGAUCACUCAAAAAAGAACAGCAACCGAAAGCAAUUGGCACCGAAGAAAAUUUCAAGACCAGACAAUGACAUGCUUCAUGAAUUGUCAUCAAAACUUCCUGAACACACUACACUAACCACAGUGGAGUGUCCUAGUCCUGAGAGAGAGAAGCAUGGUUCUAAGAAGAAGUACCCCUGUCAUAUUUGUUCAAAAGUAUUUGGUUGGUCCACAGAUUUAAAAAGGCACAUUCUAAUUCAUACAGGGGAAAGGCCAUUUAAGUGCAAACUAUGUCCUUCUUCAUUUACCAGAAAUUUUCUGCUUCAAAAGCAUGAGAGCAAAGUUCAUCAUCGAAAUGGUGCAAAGUGUGUUGUGAAUGGUCAAUUAGAAGCUAUUGCCUUGAAACUGCAGUCUACAGAGCAUAAAGACAGUUUUAUUUCUCUUCUCCCAAAUCUUGAUAUCCCUUAUGAUAUUUCAAGUAAACCAUUGAAUGAUACAGAGGAAAUUAGUGAAGAUGACCCAGAACUGGAAGGUGAUGAUCGUAGCAGUGCAGAUGAAAAUGACAAUCAUAACCAAAAACUAAAGAAUAUUUCUUUAGAAAUGCAAGAUCCAUGUCGUGUGAAACAGCCAUGGCACCCUACCAACUUGGCUCAGCAAGCCCUCCAAUAGGUUUAGAAUAUAGAUGUCAACUAUAUUUAUUUAUAAGAUACCCUCUCUUGUCAUCCUACAAAGUGGGACAUUGUUUUUAAUGUGCAAUAACAAUAAUAGUUUCACAAUCGUGAGAGUACAUAGUUGAAAACUUUUGUUUGGUAUUGUUCUUUCAUUAACUAUUCAUACUCUCAAACGAGAUGAUUUGCUCACUGUAUUAUGUUCCUUAUAUUCAAUCUGAUGGUUUAGCUUGGUCUCUUUCAUGUAAUUGACAGUAUUUAUGAAUGAAAUUAACGCUGUAAACAAAAAGAGAAAUUAUUUCAAAGUCAAUUUGGAUAAAGUUAAAUUUGUUUGGCAUAGCUCCUUUUCUUUUUCGACCCCUAUUAAGAAACUGAUUUGCUCUUGUUUCAGCUGUACACUGGGAUAAAACUUAAUGUCGAGUCCACUGUUGUUUCGUUUGUUGUUAGUCCAUUGCUCAAGAUGUGUAUGGAUAUUUGAAUUAUGAUUUUGUUCCUAUGUUUCGUCCAAAGGAAUAGUAUCAAUUGUGCUACAGUUGCUUAAGUUUAUGCACUUAUGUUAAUUUGUAUUAUUUUUAUUUUUAUUACUUCUGUGCUAUAAUUUGUGGUCUGUUAUUUAAAAAAAAAUUAUUAUUCAGAGGGACUGUAAAUUGUUGUUGUUACUUAGGUUUUAUUGUUUCAAUUUUUUUUUAGUUUACAAAAGUGGUUAAAUUUACUUAAUGGGUGUUACACUUAUCUGUUAGCUUGACUGAAUGUGUGUGCAUUUGGACAACAUGGAUUGGCUUUCCCAUAGCAGAGCGUUUCAUAAUGCAGUUCCAGUAUUUUAAACCACUCUUUGGUUAAUGUCAUUUGCUCUUCCUAUAGUCCUGGAUAAGUACUUUACUUGAUUCUUCCCAAACAUCAUGGCUCACUCAUUCUUCCAUGCCCAUACCUUUCUGACCUAUGCCAUUCACUGUUGUCCGUGCAUCAUUCAAAUUUAAUCUGGAAUACUAUUUUUGGUUGAGUUGGUUCAGUAUUAGUCAACUAUUAUUAUUAAUGAUAUUUACUUGGUUCUUGGUUGGAUUUACAUUAAGUUCCUCGAUUCUGAUGAGACCAAAGACAAGCAAGGCUGUACAUGUGUACAUGUUGCAACUCAUGUAGUUGAACUUAAGCCAAAGGGCUACACCAAAUGAGUAUUUGUAUGAAAUUGCUUUAUGAUGAAUUUGUUAGUUCUUUCAUAACUUGCAGUUGUCGUCACCAUGUUUUCUUCUAUGUUUGUAAUUAUCAUCUUGUUACAUUUGAAAGCCAAGUUAGGUAAUCUUUCAUACAAGUAUUUCCAUAACACAGCUUCAUAUAAUUCAGGUCAAAGGGAAUAGAUAACCAAAGAUGACUAUUGUAAGAUUUAUUUGACAAUAAUAUCUGUGAAAUGUAUAUUAUUUAGAAACAUGAGUUAAUUGUGCUAUUUUGGCUUUGCUUUCUUCCCUUCUGGUUUCAUGAUGAGCAGAUAAGACUCACAUUAUGAAUUGUACCUGUUAUUUCUGGACGAAAUGUUAUGCCAAUGUGUAGAUCGUCAAGUUUUAAUUGUUCUGUUUGGUUGUCUGAAGACUCAUUACCCCCUUAGGUUGAAAUUUUAUUCAUCUCUCUGUGCCUCUUAGGUUUUUCUGUUCGUUCUAUUUUUCAUCUUUCAGAUCUUUAAAAGGCAUGUGGGACUUAAAGCCUGCAGUGGCUUAAUGUGAUUUGCAUUUCCAGCCGCACAUCAUGAUGUGUAACACGGAGUUUUACUUUUGACCACAUUGCUUAGAUUCAAGUCUCACGUGGUAUUAUGAAUUUCUUAUAUGUACAUUUCGUUGUACUAAAUGAUGACAUUUUCUAAAACAUAAUUUUUUGAAGACUGAAAAUGAGGAUUAAUUCAUGAAGUUUCGCUAGGGCUUUUGGGGCUUCCUUCUUUACAACAUUCUUUAGUUUUACUUGGAAAUUAGUUCUCCAUUGUUUUAUUUUCAGCCUUUAGAGCCAUUAAGGUCCUUCAGUCAAAAUAAGUAGGAUCUGGGAAGAUGAUUGUUUCAUCGUCCUGUUGUCCUGGCUUAUAACUCCCUGACGUGUCUCUUUCUUCAUUUCUGCUAAGUGGGCAAAUUUCAUAUAGGUUGAACUGAUAUGUGGUGUUAGUGUCUGCCAAAUGCUUAAAUUUUUGAGAAAACAUGGGGUUCAAGUUGUGUUGGGAUGCAUCUUGGAACAACCAAAUGAUUUACUUUUUUUUUUUAAAUGUACUUAAUUACCAGACCUAUGUGAGUUCAAUAUUGUUUUAAAGAUUGCUUCUUACUUUUCAAGCAGUUGAUAUUUUGUUGAAAAUUUUUAAUGAAACCAGUGACAAUAAUAAACACCUGAGUUUAUUCAUUAAAUGAGAAAAGUAUUAAAUUUUAUUCGUUAAGUUUGCUUGUUCUUUUUAAUUUUUAAGUUGGGCAAAAGUUGUGAGUCAGAGUACAUGCUCAUGAUGUUUUGGCCAUUUUGUCUGUGAACUCUCAAGUGUGAGAGAUUGUGAUUGUUACCUGUACAUUUAACAAGUUCUUAUGUUGUUGAAGUAUUGUAACUAUGCCAAAUUGUAACAUAUGGGGAGUUGUCCAACUUUCCGAAAGUGUCAUAUUUUUGUCAAAAUGGGGAAACUAGGGAGGGUGUCUGAUGCAAACUUUUCAAAAAAUCUAGCAAACAAAAAGGGCGGCCUCAUGCAGUGUAAUGUUCCUCUGUGAUGUCUACUUAUGCUAUUGUUAUUGUUGUUUUUAGUUGUUCUUUUUUUUUCAUUAAAAAAAAUGGAUUGAUAAUUUAAUUUCUUUGUUCACUGGUCAGAAGUGCUUAUGCUUGAUCCUGUUCUGCCUGGACCUUUAACUGUGAGCUUUAUGUUGUGUUCUUUGGUUGAAUUGAUAGAUACCUGACAGUGAAGGGUUUUAUUUUCUCAUUACACUUCACUUGUGUUGUGGCAUACUAAGCAAAGACAUAGUGGCUCUCCUUUCAAGGACAAUAAGUAACUGACAAUAAAUUUCUUUCGCUUUAGGUUUCAACUGGUGACACAAUUAUUUUGUGGAAAGUUGGAUAGUAUGGUAUGUUGCUAAGCAUUUAAAUGUAACUAUUUUCAAUAUUUAUAGAAUGUGUGUGUCAAUGCUAUUUCUUAUUUGAUUCACCAAACAGCAGAUGCUAAAUGUAUUGGAGUGUUAGCCAAUUCGAGUCAACUUCUUCUUUUCAUUUUGCUUUGCUAUCUGAAUGUGUUUGUCCUUUCUUUAAUAUUCUGACAGCUGCUCUUCAAGGUUGCACUCAAAAGGUGAUAGUAGGGUGGUGAGCCAGCAUUGAGAAUAGCAAGCCACCAUAUACAGUAUUUGUGCUUUAGGUAGUCAUUACCCAAGGAAAGUGCGUAGUCAUGUCAUAGUCUUAUCUCAUUCCAGUAAAAUGAAAAUUUAUGCCGCAUCAAGAAACCUUUGGCUGCUUUUGUUGAAGGAAAAUUCUUAUUUUUGAAAUGAUGUGCAAUAUUAUUUAGAUUUAUGCUUAUAUGUGUUCUUGUGUGAGAACUUUUUUUUCCCCCACCCUUUGCGUCUAGUCGGCUGAGAGCCAGAAUGUUCCUUUAUAUACUGCUUUGACCCAAAAUUAUUUUCCAAGCUUACAUUGGUUUAAAAGUAAGUCAAUGUUAGUGUAUGAAUUGUUUGAAUUUGCUGUACUUAUUGGCUGUCGUAAGAUACAUAAGUCUGAUCCUUACUUAACCUUAAAUGGACAAACUUUGUACCUUCAGAUGUAUUAACUGCUGUAAUUUUGUCCCGAAAGAAGUUCCCCAUUUUGUUAUGACAUUCGAAAACCUACACGGUGAAACAUGUCUUAGGGGGAGAAAAGCAUUACUAGAACAAGGGCAAAAACUCAAUUUAAAUUUGUAUUAAAAUAUUAUUUGUUUGCCUGGGAUUUAAAAACAUAUAUACUAUAUAUAUAUGGGUUAUGAUUUCUUUUUUCAUGUGUUUUUGGCUGUUAGUCAUGCCUUACAAGUUUUUAAAAGUGCAUUGGUGUUUUUCAUAGCUGUGUAAAUUGUUAUGUUCUUCUUCUUGUUGUUGAGAAGAAGACUUGUGGGAAAAUAACAGGAUGUAUUUGUUAUUUAACCAAAAGUGUGCAUGUUCAAUAUGUUUGGUAGGGAAAACUAGCAUAGUUUAAAAUGCGCGUGGAAAAGUGUUUGACAAUAUUGUUUGUACUAGAGUAAUUGUAAUGGCGCAGGCUCUGCCUACUGUGUGAAUUUUUCGAGUUGUGUAAUUAGUAGUCAAGAUGGUGUAUUUUAUAGUUACAUUUUGUAAAUGUACUGUUUCUGAAGGUUGUUCCUUUGCUCCCAGUUUCAUGUAGAUUGUGAGGAUCAGUAAGUGUAAGUAGGCACAAAUUAUCAUAACAUGAUGGUUUGUGAUUUGUGGUCGUUGACAAUAAUGUUUUUCAAUAAUGGAAAGUAACUUUGGAUUGGUAUGAGUGUUUUGUGGUCAUUGACAAUAAUUUUUCAUCAAAGAAAACGAAACAAAUUGGUACAUAAUUACCUGGAUAUACCGCCAAAUUUUAAUGUACUGAGGAUAUCUGAUAUGAAGCUAUAUAACUGUGACAAUAAAAGACGUGCACGUAAAAA